GUUUAUUUUCAUAAUACAAGCAAAAAUCGAUAUUUGUUGAAAUCGUAUUGACAAAAUGGUUAACAACAAGUUGCUUUUCUGAUGGCCCAACAGACCAAGUAUGACCGUGCUCGAAACGUACUGACGGUGCCUCACGGCCUCAUGGCGACCAUGGUGGAGAGUGACGUGGAAGAGCCUGUGCUGGCGCUCCCUCUUUCGGCGUCGCUUAUGCGUCUGCUGCUGCCACAACCAGAGGGACCAUACUCCUGGAAGGAUGGUCACGACCAGCACCUUGCCUAUGUCACGGAGUGUUUCCGGUCAGUGCACAACGCCUCUCUGGAUGUCGAUGGCAAUGCAACUCUCCUCAAGGAGCUCAUCUACGAGUCCGCGCUGCUGGGCCCGCUGUUCGACGUCUACCGCAAGGCCAUCUUCGAGAGCUUCGACGCGGAGGUCUACCUGCACGAUCGCUACAACAACUGGCAGCUGUUCUACGUCUUCUGGACCAUGACGCACUGCGGUGACCCACAGCGCGCUGACUUGGUGAACGCGGUGCUGAGGAACUCCGUGCGUUUCACACGAAGUUUCGACUGUGGGCUCAGGGAUGCCAUGUACCAGAGAAGAAAAUGUAACUUCUGGGUUUACUGGUGACCAAUAAGAGACGGUAACGCUUUGUAUGAGUAGUGUUUCCCUCUAAUGUCAGUGCUUUCUGACACGUUUUAUCCCGCCUCACGUCCCAUUUAUUUUAAAUUAAAAAAUUAAAUGAUUAUAUUGUCUAAUCGUAAAGUUUCUUGCAUAAAAUACAGAAAUGGUCUGGUGCAUGACUCUGCAAAAUUGAAUUGGCUAAGCGAUAAUAUCAGACAACUGUAGCGUCUAAAUUAAAUUCUGUAAUAAUAUUUAUCGCAUAAUAUAUGCUAUUUAUUCC